UGUGUACGCCAUAGAUCCUGGAGGUGGCUCCUUCACAACUCUCAGGGAAUCUGGAUUGAGCAAAAACGUGCCGCCUCGGGGUCCCCGAAGACUGGUUUGAGAAACGGUGGUGUUUGUUACGUUACUGAUCAAUUACAGUUCACCUUCCCAUGCUCUAGGUGGCGGUAUUAUAUCUAUUCCCUGUGAAAUCUGCCGAUCAGUGAAGUAGUGCAGAAUUUCAGAAUGUAGCUCGGCCUGGUAGCCGACGUCCAGUUGUGCACCUUUUUUCCCCCCUUAAUGAUUUUUAAUUUAGUCGGAUCGCGGAGGAUAAUGAGCAAAAGCUGAAGGCUUUUUUGCCAGACGACAUGUUUCGUGGUGAUCCGCAGCACAGCGAAGAGGCGCGCCAGUACGGCCCAAGGGGCCUAACGCUCCCCACUCCCAAUAUGGCUCGGUAUGACCCCGCCUAUGGUUCGGUGUUGCGUCCCGAUCGGCCGGGUCCCCGGGGGCCGUAUGCUCCGUGCGUGCGGCACUUAGCCGCUUUCCCUCCGCCGCCCCAACAGCGUCCUCCGCAGUGCAAGGUGCUGCCGUUCCCGGGCUCGGGGGGGAGCCGAGGGCAGGGCGACGGGCUCCGCGAAGAUGGCUUCGGACAGCCACAGGCCUCAGCAUCCAUUCACAGAGGCAUCUCCGUGGAGUCCGCAGCCUCAUCCAUGUGCCCUGGGGAGGCCGGAUCACCACCAGAACAGGGAGGCCAGAGACAGCCAGACAACAGCGCCAAAGCUGGUGAGGAAUUUCUUCGACUUCUUGCAGCUAAAGAAAGAAUACAUGCAAUUCAUGACAGAGGAGAUGUGCGGUACCCAACUGCCCACCACGACGCAGCUUUCGACGGCUGCAGUUCCUCGAGGCGGAGCCCAGUCAGGGGGAGGAGUCAAGGCCCACAAGGCACCAGGAGAAGCAGGGGGCGGAGCAGAAGCCAGUCUAGAAGCAGGAGCCGUGGAAAAAGCAGGGGGCGGAGCCGUGGGAAAAGCAGAGGGCGGAGCCGGAGCCGUGGGAAAAGCAGGGGGCGGAGCCAGAGCCGUGGGAAAAGCAGGGGGCGGAGCCAGAGCCGUCCUCACAGCAGGAGUCGGAGCCGCGGAAAAAGCCAAGGGCAGAGUGAGAGUCCGAAUGUGCAGGCGGAAAGGAGUCUCGGUGAUGGGACUCCCGAUAUUCUCUGGAAGCUGCGGCUGGUGCAUCGACGCAAAGAGCUGGAGAAGCUGCUGCUGGAGGCCAAGAGGCUCAUCCUGCAGAGACGGGAAUCCCCAGGAGAGGGCACCGUGGAGCAGCAGGGCAGCGGUAUGUCUAUGGAGGCCAGACACUUCCUCAACACCAUCGCCAAGGGGAUGGAGUCAGGCCUUCUGGCAUCCAUCCUGGGGGAGAGGAAGGAAGAGAUGGGGGAGGAGUCCCGUGAGGUGGGUGAAAAAGUAGUCAACAUCUCCGGCGUGCAACAGGAGACACGGACGGAGAAUACCUGCGAUUCUCUCCUCCCUCACGAGAAGGUUGGGCUGGACGUGGGCGGGUUCUCCCGCAUUUUGGGCCUGAUGGGAGAUUCAGGAGGCCAGCAGGACGGGAAGAAAAACUUCACAGACAUAGAGGAUGAGGAGCGGUUCCUCUAUGGGGAUGAAGAAGAGGUAGGGGAGGAGCUGGCUGGUGCCUCAUCCUUGGUGGGAUCCACACGGCCGCAGAAUCAGCCUGCAACACAGGAGGGCGCAAAGCCUAAAAGCAAGCAAGAGUCCCUGGGCAGGCAGGGAGCUGCAGAGAAGCUGGGCGUGGAGGAGGUGAAGAAACUUCUGCUGAAGGCCGCUGGGCUGGGCCUCGGUGUGGCUGAGGCAGCCAGGAUACCGAGUGGGCUGCGGGGAAAGGGGACAGAGUCAGCGGCACCCGGCCACACAGAGACACGCCAGCAUCCCUCGUCCCAUCUGCCAGUCCAGGGGGUGUGGCCCAGCGAUGGCCCCAUUUGUGUGACAGUGCCAGGACGUGACAAGAAGGCUGGGGGAGGGCGGAGGUUUGGAGACAAAAUUGGAGGAGAGGGUGUCCAAGGCCGUGCUGUGACGGUGUGUCGGGCACCUUCGGACCCCCCAGCGGACCAGCAGAUUGCCACUACGAACUCGCCUUUCCCAUUGACACGGACCCCUCCUAAGGGGAACCAGCAGUGCGUCAUGCGGCCCCUCUUUCCUGCCUACCUUGCACCCUCACGGCAGCCGGUGAUGCUGGAGCUGCCAUCUGCCUCAGUGGCAGUUCCAGCACCCUCUAAGGCAGAGAGCAUGCAGAGUGACCGCGGCUGGAGCCAACAAGAGAAGCCAUCGGGAGAAAGAUGCGAGGUCAUCAAAGGAGCAGAGCCGUCAGCCCAGGUGGAGAGCAGGAAGGAGUUCCACGUCAUGGAGCUCAAGAGGUUACUGGAGCAUCAAGGCUGUGACUUCAUCGUCCCCGUGGUUGGCUUCUACUGCCAGCUGUGUGAAGAGUUUCUGGGAGACAUGGCCUCUGCCAAGAUGCACAUGGCGCGCCAUCCCCGUGACGACCAGCCAAAGAAGCAGGAUCCUGCCACAGGGGGGCGCUCCACUCAAAAGCGAGGCCAUGAGGAAGCAGAUCUGGGUCCUUGGAGAACCUCAGAGUGGGCCGUUCCAGAAAGAAAGACAGAAAGGUCACUGCUGGUCACAGAGUUUGCCGGUGUGACAAAGUGUAGCAGGAGGGACCUGGCGGAGGGAAAGGGCGUGGCAGGCGGAGGUACGGUGAACAGCCCCGAAGGGUGUGAGAAGGAGGAGGAGGAGAAGAAGAAGAAGAAGAAGAAAAAAGAGAAGAAGAAGAAAGAGAAGAAGAAGAAAAAGAGGAAAGACUGACUGGCAGCAUUAAUGGUGCGGUGAUUCCUGAGCUGAUAGUCGCAGCACCACCACUGUUAAAGUAUGCAUUUGCUGUAACAUUGUCAUGGUUACCUGCAGGAUGAUGUGCAUGCGGUACAUUGUAUUUAUAAAAAACCAGACUUACAAGCUCCUUAAAUUGGUAAUUGUGCUUCCCUCUCAGAAAUUACUCAAUUUCAGUCUUUGAUAAUUUUUCUUAUGAUUGAUGGUGUAGUGUCUUCUGACUGUCCAACAAACUAUAUUUUAAUAAAAAUAAAAUAGCCCAUCUGACAGGGCGAGAUCAUAGAGCCUUUUGAUGGAGAUUGGUCGCUGUCAAUUGAUGGAUCAGUAAGCCAGUAAUAAGGACACGAACUUGAUGUGAGCACCAAUAUGGAACCAGUGAAUAAAAAGUGUGUGUGUG